AUGCAGACUGCUUCUACAAACAUUGGUGAAAGACUGUGCAAUAAGUUCAUCUGUGAAGUUUCCUUGCUAUUAAAUAUUCCACGGUCAGCUGUUAGUGGUAUUAUAACAAAGUGGAAGCAACUGGGAACAACAGCAACUCAGCCAGGAAGUGGUAGGCCACGUAAAAUGAAAACAUGGGGCCAGCGUAUGCUGAAGCGCAUAGUGCACAGAAGUUGCCAACUGUCUUCAGAGUCAAUAGCUAAAGACCUCCAAACUUUGCGUGGCCUUCAGAUUAGCACAACAACAGUGCGUAGAUAGCUUCAUGGAAUGGGUUUCCAUGGCCGAGCAGCUGCAUCCAAGCCUUACAUCACCAAGUGCAAUGCAAAGAGCCGGAUGCAGUGCUGUAAAGCACGCUGCCACUGGACUCUAG